AGUUCAUGAAAGUGGUCCUCACAAACCCGAAUGCCAUGAGGGUGACCGCCCGACACUACUGGGACAAGGCCAACAACCACAUGCUCACCCUCACUGUCUACAGCCACAUCUGCAAGAAGGCCAUGACCACGGUGAUCGUGUUCAUUCCGGAAGCUUCUAUGCUGUGCAGCUCGACCAGCUUCUCCUUCACCCUGCAAAACUCGUGCCCAGAGGGGCUCAGUAUUGUCUACCUACCAAGCCAGCCCAUCAGUGACUACGAGUGGAUAUACGGAGAACCGGAGGACGACAUGGAAAACGAGAGGCUCUUCGACCUGCCUGUCAACUAUAGGCCUCCGUCCCAGUUGGGUGUGUUGAUCCCUACUUCAGACAACAUCUACAAUGCAGACCCCAGCCAGCCCCGCCCACGGGAGCAUUAUCCCGUGUCCAAGACCACCGGCCGAUAUAAACAGUGUGCUGGAAAGGCAUCUGUGGCGGAGUGCGGCUGCACAAAUGCUCUCAAGGUCUCUCCCCUAGCCAUCAACUCUGACUGCAGGAAGAGGGUUCUGAGAAUGAUGUAUCCUCUGAUCAACUUCAACAUCACGCUGUUCCUCAGGCGUGCUAACCACCAAGACCAACCGCUGCGCUCUCUGUAUUUUGUCACAGUGACCGAGGUCAACAACCGCACCAGCUGGGCCAUCACAGGAACCCUCAUUACUCCUACAAUGGAGAAGAUGAGAAAGUACUUGAAGCGCAGUCUCAAUCAACCACUCUACAACCCUGAGGGCCUGCAGAUCAGUUGCUAUGGGUCAGAACUCUUUCACUUCCGCAUCUCCGUCAUCCCAGGAGUCGUGCUCUGUGACCUGGUAGAGGAAGUGCAGAUCUAUGUGGACAAUCCUCCCCUGGCGUUCCCUGCUGCCUACCUCAUCAGCUGCAUGACGGCCAUAGCACUGGGUGGCUUCAUGCUGCUCGGCUUCCUGCUCAAGAACGUCUCUCCGCCCACCACCAGCACCGUGAAGGCCUUUCUGACGAGAGAGAAUUCAAAAGUGUCCCCAGAGUCCGAGCCCGAGCCCGAGCCUGACAUUGAAGACUAAGACCCCCAAAUAAUUUGUGUACAAUUUGUGUUUCUUUUUUUUUUAACACUUAGAUUUGUAUUGUAUUUUCAGAGCAUACAAUGAAACACAGAGAAUAAGAAAGAAAAACAGAAGAAAAAACAAACAUAAAACUUGUGGGAUAGCACAUUGGUAAAUAAAAAUUACAAAUGUUUAGUAUUUGCCUUGUAAACUGAUACUUAACAUAUACAGGGUAUGAGUCAGACUCCUUCUAAUUUCUCUUGAUAAAGAGUCCACUUCUGCCACCUCUUCUCAAACAAGUUUUGCCUCAGGCCUAGAAUAUGAGUCAACCUCUCCGUUGUCCAAAGUUCCUUAAUGGUGUCCAUCCACUGAUUCUGGGUAGGAGAUUAAGGUUUAUACCCGUUUCGAGUUAUAGUUUUUCUAGAUGCUGUUAAGAGUAUCUUUGUCAAGCACCGAUCCUCUGUUAGUAUUACAGGUGUAAUGUGACCCAAGUACAAGGUGGUACAAGAAAAAGGUAUUUCGUAACCUAGCACAGCAAUAAUAACUGAAUGUACAC